AUGGCUCCACAACUUCCUUCUGGCUAUUGGGUUGGACCAGGCCCUCUGUUUAUGGAAUUACCAAAUUUGUUUAAAAUUGAAAGCAAGAAAUUAUGUAUGGUAAAUGAGAGAAUCACGAAUGGGAGUCAUGGGCCGGUUUACAUGUGGGACUGGGCCAGGCCCAUUAGCGGUGGAGUUGAACAGGAGGAGCUGCAAAGACUGAUUAAUAUUGUAAGCAUAGUGACGAUCGGAAUGGGGAAAGAUAAAUUCAAAUGGAAUUAUGAUGAUUCGGGCGACUUCCGCGUGGCAGAUAUUAAAAGGUACUUCAGCAUUUUUAAUCGCUCUACACCGAUAUCCUCUUUUGUAUGGAAUAAUUGGGUUCCAAAGAAAGUGGGGAUUGUAUCAUGGAGCGCGGAGAAGGAUCGGUUACCGACAAGAUGUGCAUUGGCUAGGAGAAGUGUAAAUGUUCCAGAUCUACUAUGCUUAUUCUGUAGCGAACAUGAUGAAACAGGUGAGCACUUGUUUGUAUCAUGUCAGUUCGCGCAGAUUAUUUGGCAAAACAUAGCGACAUGGUGCAAGAUUCCUUCCUUUAUCGCUUUUGAUUUCAAAGAUAUUCUGAAUAUGCAUGGAUACAACUCGGGAUCAUGGAAGAAGAAAAAGGUGUUAAAUGCCAUCUUCCUUGUUACUGUGUGGUGCAUCUGGAAAGCGCGAAACGAAGCAAUGUUUAAUAGCGUUCAACCAUCGGUUACCAAAAUACUGGAUGAAGUAAAAAGUAUGGCUUUCUUGUGGAUUAAAAAUCGAUCGAGAGACGAAACGAUUACGUGGGAGAAUUGGAGAAGUUUUAAUAUAUUUAGCUAA